UUGGGGAGGGACACUGACUCUCCAGGUUGGCCAAAGAAGAAGUACAAAGAGGGAGCGCAGAUGAGUUGAGAGGGUCCUCCGAGGCUGUUUCAGCAUAGGAUCUGCUCAAGGAAAUAGAUCUCUGGCCUUUUCUGGCCAGAGACUGAAGGUUCGACCUGGGGGCCUUGUGCAUCCAAAGCCAAGUGUUUCUGAGCUUUUCAUCUAUUGGCUUUUUUUAAAAUUUGAUUAUUGACCUGGGUGAAUAGGUUAGGAUUAGGGCAAUUGGAAGGAGGAUUAAGCAAGUGCUACAAAUCCUUUUCUAUUCAUAUCUGUGGGUUGUGCCAGUCCGCAAAAUUUAACUGCAGCACUGGAUUUCUCCUUCAAGAAUGUUUUUUUUUUAAUUAAAAAGUUUUUUAUUAGAUACACAUUAAAAACAUUGGAUAUAAUGCAACAUUUCUGGCAUAAACAUUUCCAUAUAGUUUUUGGAUCUUACAACAAUUACAUUUUAUAUCCAUGUUUGUUUUUGUACCACUUGCUCCUUAAUUUUAGGUGUAAGCAAAGCUCACUAAUAUACAGGUAGCCCUUGACAGACAGCCAUAAUAGAGCCCCCUCCCUAUAGUUGUAAGUAGUGACAGUUAUAAAAGUGGGUCAGUCAUGUGACCAAUAUGAUUUUACAGUCUUUUUAAGCAGUCAUUAAAUGAACAAAGUCAUAAAGCUUUAAGGUAGGUUUGUUGUAACUUUGAAGGUCAUUAAAUAACUGUUGGUAAGUUCAAGACUGCCUAUAAUAGGACUUAACGCUAAACAAGAUGCAAUGUACUUCAUGCAUCUUAAAAUCUGUAAAACAUAAGUAUAUUUGUAUUGAAAGAGAAGGAUGAUUAUUCAUUGAUUAGCUACUGCCUUACCAAGGAAUACAGUUGUAAUGGAUGAAUAACCCCUGCUGUGAGUACUUCAUUAAACAAUUUGUCAAUGAGAUGUCAUCUUGCAGGUGAUGUUGCCAUUUUGAUUUUGGUAGCAAUUCUUUGGGGAACAACCAAUCCAUUUUUGAAAAGAGGAACUGAGGGUCUGGAGCAGGUAAAGAGAGAAAGCAGACCUCAGCAGAUGCUGGCGGAAAUAAAGUUCCUUUGCCUGAAUUACAAGUACAUGUUACCAUUUAUUGUAAACCAGUGUGGCUCAUUCAUCUACUAUCUCGCAUUAGGAUCCACAGAUCUAACCUUGGCUGUGCCUCUUUGUAAUUCCUUGGCCCUGGUCUUCACGGUGGCAACAGGGAAAGUUCUUGGAGAAAACAUAGGUGGUCCAAGGGCCGUUCUGGGAAUGGUCUUGGUAGUCUUGGGCGUUGCCAUCUGCAUAGCUGCAUCUGGGCACAGAAAUCCAUGAGAGAUCUCCAAAGAAGAGUGGAAAUUCUGUGGAAGACCAUUCUGAAUCUGUGCAACUGCUAAUGCCACCCUCAAAAGUUGCAGCAUGGGGUAAACAAUCCCUGGCUCCAUGUUAGAGAGAGCAUGGUUCUUCAUAUCCUGGCAAUCGCUCCUUCAUGCACUUGGAUUCCAAAGGGCCCUGGGUCCCUAGAUCUUGUCUUGAUGUUCCUGUUAGCCAGAAACUUUGUGGGCCCCCGAAAUUGCUUUAAUGGAAGCAGCAAGAUCAGGGGCCUCUAAGGGAAGGCAGAAAGAUCUCAAAACUGAGCAUUUACUGCUCAGAUACCCUUUCUGAUGCCAUGUGGAACUUCUCUUUGUGCCCAGAGAAAUAUCUCUGAACUGUAAAGUCUUUUGACUGAAUUGAACUGUCCAUAACCAGAGAGCAGACCCCACUCCCCUCUAGCACUGAUGAUGUUACCUAGUUGGGUAAUGAAACAUCUGUAAGAAAAUAACCAAGUUCAGGGAGUACCAAAGACUCCACAGAUUGUACUUCAUUUAACACGUCUUGAUUUUACAUAAAUGCAAAUUCAUUCACUGCAGUAAACUAAAAUGAAUCA